CGCUUCCUGCCGGGAGGCGGCGGCGGCGGCGGCGUGGACCCGUCGCCAUGAGCGCGCCGGAGCCGCCGGGCCCCGGGAUGGGCUUCGCCGAGAGGCAGCUGCGGCGGCACGGCUGGCGGCGAGGGCAGGGCCUGGGGAAGCGGCAGGACGGCAUCGCCGAGGCCAUCCGGGUGAAGGUGAAGUGUGACACGGCGGGGGUGGGACACGACGCGGCGGAGCCGUUCGCCUUCCACUGGUGGGACCACGUCUUCAACAAGGCGGCUGCCAACGUCGCCGUGGAGGCCGGGCAGGAUGGCAUCUCCGUGAAGACGCUUUCCGAGCAGGGAUUCGGGAUCAGCAAUAAGAAGCCCCGCAAGGCCGGCGGCGCUGGCAGCAUGCUGUACGGCCGCUUCGUGAAGUCAGCCACGCUCACAGCACACGGGGAGGAGUCCGCGAAGCUGCCCGCCGGCUCAGAGAGCAGCGAGGAGGAGGAGGAGAAGCUGGACCUCUCUUCGGCCAGGAGACUGACGGACGAGGAGCUGAUGCGAGCGUGUGGGGGCCGCACGGCGCACAAGGGUGCCCGUCACGGCCUGACCAUGAGCGCCAAGCUGGCACGCCUGGAGGAGCAGGAGCGAGCCUUCCUGGCCACCUACCGACACAAGGAGCGGCAGCGGCAGCAGCCCCCGGAGAGCAGCCCCCCAGCGGGGAGGCAGGAAAAAAGAAAGAAGAAAAAAAGGAAACUGUCCAGGGAUGGAGCCGAUCCCGAGGUGCUGCAGAGCCAGGAGCCAAGCGGAGAAGAGGAGGUGGCGGGAGAGGAAGGGAAGGUUGCGAAGAGGAAGAAGAAGAAGAAGAAGAACCAGGAGAACCAGGAGCCAAGCGGAGAAGAGGAGGUGGCGGGAGAGGAAGGGAAGGUUGUGAAGAGGAAGAAGAAGAAGAAGCAGAAGCAGGAGGACAAAGAAGAGCCAGUUGAGACAGAGAAAGAGAAGAAGAGGAGGAAGAAGGACAAGAAGAAGGAGGAGUAUGACGAAGAAGAGCCGGCUGAGACAGAGAUCCCUCUAGAAGACACAGAUGGACCAGAUCAGGCUGGGCACAGCCCCAGGAAGAAGAGGAAGAGGGAGCCAGAGUGAUCAAGGGCCAAGGCUGCUGCGCUGCGCGGCUGCUGCUCCCACCCGGCUGUGAGGGUCCCCAUCCUGCCCGCUGGCGCUGGCGGGUGCCCAGGGAUGCUCCGGGCUCUUCCCAGGUGGAGCCCAGCGCCGUGGCCCAGCUGCGUGUUCGCUGCCUGGGGAUGCUGGGCUGGGACUGGUUGGGCUGGAGCUGGAUCCAGCUUUAUUUCACUCCCUGAGCCUUCCUCCCAUCAGGAGGAUGGGAACUGACCCCAGUUCCCCCCAAGGCCCUGGGGCAGGGACACAUUUGCUGCGGGUCUGUCGCAGAGGGACACAGCGGGGACAGACCCCACAGAGAAUGGAAAUAUUUUUUU